CCGCAGUCGUAGCAUCGUCCUGGUGCCACACGCCGCGUCGUACGGAUUGCGAAAAGGGACUCUCGGAGCCGUUCUUGCAACUCUAAAGCAGCAGCAGUCAAACGCUAGCAAAAAGUAGCAGCAACGAUGAAGCUCGUGGUGGCUUUAGCACUCCUCAGCAAUGCUGCUGCCUUCAUGGCGCCGGUAGCGCCGCGCGCGCCCGCGACGCCGCUCAAGGCGAUCACGACCGAGGCCAUGAUCGAGAAGGCCAAGGCCGACCGCCUCGCGCACCUCGAGGCCCAGUCGUUGGAAGCUCUGACGCUCGCCGCCGACAACUUUGAGCGCGCCGUCUUCCCGAACGCCAUGAUCGUCGGCGACUGCGUGAUCACGCACUUACUCGGUAAAUUAGGCUACCUCGAGUCCGGCAAAGUGAAGGUGAUGGUCGUCGACACGUUCCACUUGUUUGAUAGCACGAUGCCGUUCUUAGCUGAUUUAGAAAAGAAGUACAAUUUCAAGGCCGAGAUUUUUGGGCCGGCCGACUGCGAGAACAAGGAUGUCUACCUCAAGAAGUACGGUGAUAAGUUGUGGGUGGCCGACGUCGAGCAGUACGACAAGAUCUGCAAGGUCGAGCCCUUCCAGCGCGGCCUCAAGACGCUCAAUACCGAUGUGAUGAUCAACGGGAGGCGUCGGGACCACGGCGCCGAGCGCGCCUACAUCGACAUCGCGGAGGUCGCGCCGAUCGGUGGAGGGUUGGCCAAGCUCAAUCCUCUCGCGUACUGGACGCUCGAGGACUGCUUCGACUACGCGGCGGCGAACGGCGUGCCGCUCCACCCGACGGUGGCGCUGGGCUACCCGUCGCAGGGCGACGAGAAGGACACGGUGCCCGUGCCGGACCCCGAUGGUCUGUCGGGCUUCCAGGGCGCCGCCGGUAGCGUCAAGUUCGUCGACGGCAAGUGGACGGGCGACAAGGCCAUCUGGCUCGACUAUGGGAACGAGCGCAAGGGCCGCUUCGUCGGCUUGGUCAACAAGGACGGCUCGACGAAGACGGAGUGCGGCAUCCACGUCGCCGGCGCCGAGAAGACCUUCGAUCGUGAUUUGUGGGAAGGUGGUGCCGUCAAGGAGCUCGCGUCGCAGGAAGACGCCUUAGCGAUGAAGGACGGCGUCAUGGUCGUCUACGCCCCCUGGUGCCAGUUCUGCCAGGGCAUGGAGGAGGCCUACGAAAAGUUCGCCGCCGAUGCCGCUGCCAAGGGUAUUACGGUCGCGAAAUACCGCGGCGACGAGGAUCGCGACUUCGUCCAGUCGAAAUUCAACACGGAGUCGUUCCCGACGAUCAACGUGAUCAAGGGCGGCAAGGCGACGAAGUACGAGUCCGAGGACCGCAGCGUCGAGGCGUUGGCGGCGCUCGUGUAGGGUUCGGGUGCUGUAAGAAUUGCUUGGGUU